AAAAAUUUGAAAAGUUUACGUUUGAAAGUCGUUCGUUAACCUACUGCAUACAAUACGUUUUUCAUCAAUUUUAUUAUUUUUUAUUCAACACAUGAUUUCAAUUGAGUUAUUUUUCUAUCUUCUACCAAUCUACGCAAUAAGUGAUUGAUUUUAGAAACAAUAACGAAUAUUAUAAUAUUUUCCACGCGCUUGUAUUACCCAGUGUCGGACCAAGCUAUCUUUGGACGCGUUUUAUUGAAAAUCUAACAAAAUUCCGCACUAUAAGAUGGAUGAUUUUCUCAAGAUUGAGAAAAUCGGUGAAGGUACAUAUGGUGUGGUGUACAAAGGCAAAAAUAAAAUAACUGGCCAAUUUGUAGCUAUGAAGAAAAUUCGCUUGGAAUCGGAAGAUGAAGGCAUUCCUUCUACGGCUAUAAGAGAAAUCUCUCUAUUGAAGGAGCUAAGUCAUCCUAAUAUUGUGAAAUUAGAAGAUGUUCUGAUGGAAGAGUGUCGCCUUUACCUCAUUUUCGAAUUUCUCUCUAUGGACUUGAAGAAAUAUAUGGACUCUCUUGGGAGUGGAAAAUUCAUGGACCCUGUUGUAGUCAAAAGCUACCUGUACCAGAUCAAUAGUGCUAUCUUAUACUGUCAUCAACGCCGCAUACUGCACAGAGACCUUAAACCCCAGAACCUACUCAUCGAUAAGACUGGCAUCAUCAAGGUUGCUGAUUUUGGCUUGGGCCGUGCUUUUGGUGUGCCAGUGAGGGUGUAUACACAUGAAGUUGUUACUCUGUGGUACAGAGCUCCUGAAGUGUUGCUGGGAUGUCAGAGGUACUCAUGCCCAAUAGACAUUUGGUCUGUGGGUUGCAUAUUUUCAGAGAUGUCCUCCAAGAAGCCCUUGUUCCAGGGAGACUCGGAGAUUGAUCAGCUCUUCCGCAUCUUCAGAAUGCUGCGCACACCAACAGAAGAAAUAUGGCCGGGGGUGUCUUCUCUCCCAGAUUACAAACCAACCUUCCCCAACUGGAAUACAUUUAAUCUCCACAACCAUGUAAGUAAUAAUGUGAUUUGUUUUUGUCUAUAUAUUAAAAAUUUGUCUAUAUAUUUGAAGGUAAAGAGAGGUGUUUAGAGAACUUGAGGCCAUAGUCACAGCUGCCCCACUAAAUUAUAUUACGUCUUUAAAGCUGGUUGACUAAGCUCACAUUAUUCAAUAACUCUAGCCAAUGGGUUUGGGUGAGUAGCCAUGUCAUUGACAUGGAUAAGAGAUAGUUUAAGUAAUUAUACCAAUACCAAUGUUGCAGGGAACGCCUGCCCCAGCUAUGGGGCAUUAAUUGACUGGUGAUGAUAAAUACCAAUGUUCAAAUGAUUUUAUUAAUUAAUCUCUUGCAUUGAUAGAUAACAAGUUAAUUUUCUCUUCAGAUAUUUUUGUUGUAAUUCAAGUUACCGGUAUGCCCAUUGUUCUUUAAUAAGGUUUUGAAUAAGUAAAUAAUUGAAGAAUAUGUAAAAUCACUGAGAAUC